GCGUGGGGCGCGUUGUGCAAGGAUGUGAUGGCCUUUCCUGGACAACCAACUUGGAGGCCCGCCUUCACUUACGCGAUGCUGCGGACGCUCGUCGGCGCAGCGCUGCUGCUAGCGACGCUGGCGACGCCGCUGCAAGUGACGCCGAACGUCACCACCAGCUCGCCCAACACAACCAUAACCGUGCACGUGCAGCCGACGACACCGACGAUCACACUGCCGCCGAGCCCGACACCGUCAAUGACACGCCCGACACCGACGACACCAAAUGUGACGACGCCUAAGCUCGCUGCGUCGUCAUCAACGACCAGUGUUUUUCGCGUUGUCGCCAAUGCGCUCGCGAUUCCUGGUCUCGUCGUGCUCGGUGCUUUCCACUUUGGCUGGUGGACGCUGCCGGCCGCGCCUGUGAUCUUGCCAAUGGCGCUGGCCUUUCUGCAGCAGAUUGCGACCUGCUCGCUCCUCAACCUCGGAACGUCGUCCGUGCCGUCGUCCUUGCUCGGGUUCACAGACGGCCUCACGUGGCUCCUCUUCCAGGUGCCGCAAUUCUCGUCGUCGUCGGCAUCAUCGGCAACGGCCACUCGACGUCUCGACGACGCCGUCACGGGGUCAGGCCCCGAGUUCUUCGCCUACCGCGUCAACCUGAACGAGCGCCAUCUCUUUUACAACACGUGGCUGGCGACUGCCGUCGUCACGUCGGUCUGCAUCUCUCUCGGGCUUCUCUGCCUCGGCUGCGCACGCUACCUCGUGCCACCGCGCGGCGUCGGCGGCAUGAAGGCCCGGGCGUCGCGCUGCUUUGCGGCCGGCUUCUUCCUCUUCUCCGUGGCGACGUUCCCGCUGGCGCUCACGGCGGCGUACGAGGUGCGGCAGGACGCCUACACGCCCGACGGCCCGCACGCAUCCGGCGUUCUCGCGUGCGUGACGCUCUUUGGCUUUGUGUUUGGGCUCCUCGGUGCGUUCGCCUAUCUCUUCAUGGAGGACGCGUACAAGUACGAAGCGUUCGGCCGCAGCGAAAGCCUCUGGUGGUCCUACGCCCAGGUCAAGUACCGGAGUCGGUGCUUUCCCCUCUUGAGCCUCGCACUCCUCUUCCUGCAAGGCGGCAUCGUCGGCGGCGUCGCGUCGAUAUACGUCAUCCUCGUGCUCUUGCUGCUCCACCUUGCGUACCUCGGCCUGACGUACUGGCUGCAGCCGUUCGUGCACUUGAUCGUCUACCACGUGACGAUGGUCUUGGAGCUCGUCUACGUUGCCUGCCUCGUCCUCGUCUGGGUCUCGCUGGCCGCCGGCGAUGGCGUCGGCUACGGCGUCGUUGCCAUCGUCCUGCUUGUCGUCCUCGCUCUGGCACUGCACCAAAUGAUCCUCGUCUUCUCGCUCGUGGCCAAGACGUGCUUUGCAAAACCAAAUUCGCCCGCCUACACGCAGUCGGCUGCCACGGCGCGCGCCCGACGCCCGCCCGCACCGGCGACGGGAAACGAGCGCCCUCUCCAGUCGGACCACAGGCGCCUCGCGACGGCGGAGGCGACGCUGCGACCCAAGCGCGGUGUCAAGUCCAACCGCCACCAGCUCCCACCCGCUCCCCGCCCCGUCUAA